CCGACUGCCAGACGACUGCUCUUACUGCCUGAGCCAUGUCACCCCUGCAACACAUGCAUCAGAGCUGAACACUGCGUUUAUCAUCAACGGAACCAGUGGAACAAACUGAAACGUAUAGGCGACAACCCGCCCGCCCACUCCUUUAGAUACCGAAAAAGUGCUGCCUCUUUAUAACUCCCAGUGCCACAUGUAUUACACACAGACCAAAGGGCGUCUUUCAAACCGAUAGAGACAAGAACGAAGCAGCCAGGAGUCGGCAGUAUUCUGGCAUUAUUACGGUGAUCCAAUCGGUCAGCAAUGUGGAUGUGGGCACUGCUUCCAAUCCUCCUGGCCAUCGCAGGCACUGUAGGGAUAUGGGCAGUGUUUGGUAUGGCUUUUGCAAAUGGAACUGUUAAUCUAACAGUAGAAUUCCCUUAUAUCAGUACCUGUGGCACGUACAACCCUCAAAGCUGUGUCUUUUCUCAGAUCGUCAACAUAUGUGCCUUUCUGGUGAUUUGGGUGGUGGUGUUGAGGUUCCAGCAGAUCAGAGACUUUGGUCAGGACAGCAAGGUGAACAUCGCCAGCUUGGUUCUGGGAUUCAUCUCGGCUCUGGGCAUCUCCGUCCUGGGAAACUUCCAGCAAUCAGUGGUGAUGCAGGCCCACCUGCUUGGGGCCUUCCUGGCCUUCUUCGUGGGCCUGGCCUACUUCUGGCUGCAGGUGUGGCUCACCUACAAGGCGGAGCCGAACCGGGACCGGCGCUGGGUGGGCCCGGUCCGCAUCGGUUUCUGCAGCCUCUGCACCGUCCUCAUCCUCACCAUGGCGGUGCUGCACAACACCGGCUUCCGCUCGGCCGCCGCAAUCUGCGAGUGGCUCGCCGUCAUGGCGUUCUUCGUCCUGUUCGGCUUGUUCGGCGCCGAGUUCCGCCACAUCGACUGCCACCGGCUCACCGUGCAGACACCGGGCCGCAGCAAGCCGCAGAACAGCAACGGUGCGUUCGGACUGAGCUAGCAACCGCCAGGUGGUCGCUACUUACCAGCCCAGACAAGCUACCAGCUCAUACCCAGCUACACCAGUUUAUGACCAUCUUGACCAGCUCAGUUUUCAUGUUGGUGAAGCCGGUGUAGCUGGAUUUAACACGAGGGAAAUUCACAGGCAAUCGGGCGAACAGAUAUACACAAUGAAUAAUGGCAUUGCUUUUGUGUGAAAAGUUCAUAAUUGUAUGUGGCUAUUUAUUUUCUUAGCAGAUUAAAGUAUUCAGAGGUGGCUACAAAGACAAUGUAUUCAACCAAAGAUAUUCACACCAGUAAAUUGGGCUCCGUCUACAGACAAACGUGCCCAAUUUACUGACGAAGCAUGGACAAACUUUGUAAUGCUUAAAUGUCGGCUCACGCAGUGUUAAGAAAAGUUAAUAUAGAAACUUUUAUAUUGGUUUUGAGAAAUGUUAAUUAAAUGUCCUUUCAACAUUUAAAUGGUAAACAUGUGAUGAAUUAAGCGAUAUCUCUGUAAACAAGCUAAAAGCAUUACAAAUAUUAAAAUGUGUUCUGUACUAUA